UGGCUGAGUUGCUGUUGUUCCCAGUUGCUUCCACUUUGUUAAAAUACCACUAACAGUUGACCGUGGAAUAUUUAGUAGAAAGGGAGUUUCACAAAUGGAUUUAUUCUAUAGGUGGCAACCUAUCCCUGUACCAUGCUUGAAAUCACUGAGUUCCUGAGAGCGACCCAUUCUUUCACAAAUGUUUGCAGAAGCAGUCUGCAUGCCUGGGUGCUUGAUUUUAUACACCUGUGGCCAUGCAGGUGAUUGGAACACCUGAAUCCAAUGAUUUGGAGGGG